AUGAAUCAUACUACAUUGACAAAUGCUUUAGCUGUUCUCAACACAUUCGCUUCUUCAUUCCCUAAAAAUGGAUUUCAUGUGCCAAGUAUGCACAGUACUUCCAAUAUUAAACAAUUAACUAGUAGUACCGACUCGAAUACAGUUAAGACAGAACCAAUCACUACUAGUACUACUAUCACUGAAAUUGAUCCAUCUAUAUUAAUUUAA